CACUUCCGGAGUUGACAUCAGUCCCCCGGCAACAACAUUUAUGAGCCUUACGUUGUCACGGAUUUGUGAAAUGUAAAUAUUUAAAUAGGUUGCUUUCUUUUAAACAAUUUGUUUUUUGUAACAUUUUUUGUUCCAUAAUACUAUUCAGGCAUAUCUUUAUUGCUGUUUAAAGCCUAAGUUGUUUUAAGUGUUUUCACUGGGCAUUUGAAAAGUUAACUGAAAUGACGGUCAUUUAAAAAAAAAAAUCGCCUGCCUACUAAUUAAUAAUUUAAUAUUAAUUAAUUUAAUCAUACAUUUCAUUUUUGACUUCAUGGUCAUGAGUUGACCGUUGAUCUCUAAUGGCAGUUGAGUUGGCGUUGUGUUGUAAUUUGCUUUUUAAUGUAUUCAGUAAUUCCGAGGUUAAAUUAAAUAUUAUCCAGUAAUGAGUAAUGACUUUGGAAUACUGGUAGAUACUUUGGUGGAUGGAACUAACUUUUCUUACAAUUUACAGUUACAGUUAACUUAGUAGCUAUCAAUAUAUUUCAAUAUAAUGAAAUCCCUUUUGUAAUAUAAAAACAGACACACACAAUUUAAAAAAAAUUAUACAAAACCAUACAGAAUAGACAAACGGCAAGCUUUUGUUCUGUACAUUUUUAUAUAUCCAGGGAAAGAUAAUUUCCUAAUGCCAUUUUCUGAAUAGCUCCUCAAAUGUUGUUCCAGCUGGCCGGGGCCUGGCUCUGGUUCUUCAUAACUGAGACUAAACUAUUUAAUUUUGCAGUGUUCAGUCAGUUAGAAAGAGACUAACUUUUAAGAUUUUUGACAAUCCCUCCCCAUUCAACACCAAUAUUAGGGAUAACAAUACUUGUCCACGCACCGUUCUGCGCAUGUCCUAAAAUGUCGAAAAAACGUGUUCUGCAAUAUGGCGUACAGCAACACGGUAUCAUUGGGAAAUUGCAGACUACGUCACCUUUGUUUAUUAAAUAAUUGCUUUCCUCAUCACUGACGUAUCAGUUUUUGUGUUCCGGUCAUAUAUUGAUUUAUGCUACGAUAUUUUUUUUGCAUCACGUGCAGUAUUAUGAUGAUGACUCGGUUAGUAUAUAAAUCGCAUAAAUACUUUUUUACUAGUAAAGCCACCAAAAUAAGGUUUAGUGCUCCCUAAUCUACAUUCAUUGUAAGAGUUUUUUCAUUUUUUGGGUUAUUAUCGUUGAGCUCUCGAUAAAAAGUUAUGCAACCCGCGAAUAAGUGGGGGGUAAGAAAUUAUCAUUAUUUUUUUUAUUUUGAUAGAGAAGCCGGAAAUGGCUGCUAUCACUGUUAUUCGCUAAUGUUAAAUCCUUAAACAUCUAAAUAAUUAUAAGACGUUUAAAAUGAAUCAUUUUAAGAAAAGAUUAUAAGCAAACUUGAAAAGUUUAUGUAGUAACCAAGGGUUGGUUUUAAGCUUUAUUUAUUAUGUUAAAAAUUGUGUAGGUACCGGUACACAGCUUGAACGAUUAAACUGUGUACCGGUACCUACACAAUUAAAUAUUGAUUCAAUUAUGAAUAAACGAUUAUUCAUUAUUGAAUCAAUAUUUAAUAGUUUUACAAUAGUAAUAUCGAUAAUAAUAAUCGUUUUUCUCUUAUUAAUUAUUUCAGAGAAUAUUACUAAAAUUAGGCCUACUUAUCAUUAUCAGUUAUAAAUAUAAUUAUAAACAACUGUUAUUAUAAUCCUAUAAUUGUCUAUUUAGGCCUAAGCUUAAUUUUUCUUACUAAUUCUAUUACAAGCCUAUAAGUUCUAUAUAUAUAACAGUUUUAUUAAAAUACAUCAAAUUAAUAAACAAGACUCAAACAACAUCAUCAUAGCAAUUAUAUUUUUAUUAGGACAUAGAAAAGCAGUACAUAUACAAUUAUUUAAUAUAUAAAAUAAUUUUUUUAAAAUGAAUUAGUCUCAUCAUUAUCAUAUUAUCAUCAUGGAUGAUAUUUGAGUAAUUUUUAUCUACAAUUACAUGCUUUCAGUUUUAUAAAUAAAAAAGACUACUUACCUUUUUAUAAAUAUAAUAAUUGAUCUAAAAUUAACACAAGCAUAAUAAAAUUAGUUAAAAUUCAAUAAAUAAUAAUAAAUAUGGACAUAUGGUGUUUGUUUUUUUUUCGUUUUUUCCUGUAUAAAUAUUGAUUUUCCCAAUUUUUCUGUUCACUUUUUUCUGAACAUACCCACAAAUAAAUUUAUAAAAAAAUGAGAGUCUUAAUGUUAUAUAAAAGUUUUGUUGUUAAUUACACUGUAUAUUGCAUUGAGAAUGUCUCCUGAAAAUUUGGUAGCAUUAUCUUUUAAAAUCAUAAAGUUUUGGUUAAAAUAAGGCAGAAAUUUUGAAAGUGGGUCACAUGUUUUUUUCAGUUUAAUACUAAGAUAAAGAAGGGGGUGUUAAAAAAUCACCAAAAAAAUCAUAACUCCACUUCUAUAAAAGAUAGAAAGAUGAAAUUGGUGUUGUUUAAAGCUUAUAGCUGGCCCUUUAAAAUGAUGUAUCAUUCAUGGCAAUUUGACAAUAUUUAAAUUUUGUGUCAAAGUACCUACCAAUAUGGUUACAAAUUCAUGAUCAGUCCCCCACAGACAUGUAACAUCAUGGUUAACUGAGAAUAGGUGUCUUUACAAAAAAUUUAUUUUCAAAUGAUUUGAUUACAAUAGCACUGUUGACAGUUGAACAAAUUUAAAAAGUGUCUAAAAGUGAAUACCUUAGCAAAGCAUCCAAUGAUUUGUGGCUCCAAACCGUUAUGGUUAAAAGGCCAGGGUAAAUUAUCCCCAAAGGUUUGAAGUGAAAAAUGUCAUGACCCACAAAUGCUUUCAAAAUUACUCUUGAGUCAGGAGGCUGUCAAUCAUUGCUGCCUUUUUCAACAAACAUAUCUUGAUUUUCCACACUAAAGAAUAUUAAUGUAAAAAAAAACAAAGGAGAGAAAACAGUUAUAGGACCCAUAGUCAGUAUUCACAUUGCUCUCACAAUUUUUGGAAGUUAUUGUAUUAAAAAUGAAGCAGGAUUUCUCUGAAUUUGAAAUAAAAAAAUUUUCCAAGAAAUCCCUUUGUUCACCUUUGUUAUACUGAGUAUAUAUAUAUAUAAAUGUAUUCUCUAUAUAAUAAAUCUAUGAUUUCUUCCUUUCAAGUCAUGUGUAAUGUUGGCUUGAAAAAAUAUAUUUUGUGGUAGUAAUGGCUACGAAAGUAAUAUUAUUUUAAUUGAUUUAUUAUUAGUUUAAAUUAAUUAUAGUGUACAUCUUAUUAUUUAUAUUAUAAUAGUCAUGAGUUCAUAAACUAAAUCUAUAUUAAUCUCUUUAUCACAAAUUCACAGCUAAUCAAACAAGGACAUCCAGGUUACUUUUUCCUCAGUGGUGAGCAUAUAUAAUUUAUAAAUAUAAUUUGUUCCUUUAUUUACAUUCAUUUUAUGAGAACGGGAGGGUUAGUUGAGGAGUAUGUUGGUAGUCUUGUAGUAGAGUAUUGAAAGUUUCCUUAUUGAUUAGGAUGCUGGUAGUUUUUUUUUAAAUUUUGUUAUUGUAGAUUACCAGAGAGGGGAGUGUUCCUCAGAUUUCUAUCAGUGUAGUGUUCAUUGUAAAUAAUAGAGUGCUUUAUAUUUGAAUUUUCAAUUGAUUAAAGAAGAGCUAUGGCUAUAGAUAACUUGAUCAGUGUGUUGGUGAUUAUUUAAUUUUUCCUUAAAGUGUGGCUAGCAAGUUGAGAGAGUCGAUAUUAAUCAUACCCUAGAUUCAAAGAGCCUGAAUUGCCAGACAGUAGAAGCAUUUGCCUCAUACAUGUUUGGAAGUUUGUAUAAAUUAACUUAUAAGUAUAAGUCAGUCAAAGCAUUUAGGCUAUUCUGGUUAAACAAAAUUAGGAAUUUCAAAACCAUGUUUGGGUCAUUUAUUCAUUUCAAACUGAUUAGAAUAAAUAAAUAAUAGUAUUUUGAAAGGAAUUAUUGUAUCUGUAUAACCACUGUUUUCAGGAAUAAAAUGGAAAUUAUAAUUAAAAGUAUGCAUAGAUUGCUCUAUUGUUCAACUUGUGAAUCAAAUCUUUCCUAUUAUUAGUAAUGAAGAUAUUUAUCAUUUUCUGCCGGCUGUAUUAAUGUUUUAUUUCUCCAAAAUUUAAUUCUUUACAAACAUACAUGAACUCUGUUUGGAAAGUUAAAAAACUUUAACCUUAAAUGUUUUUCAAAGAAAAGUUUUAAAAAAACAUUCUAUGUUAAAACAUAAGGUUAAGUUAAAGUAGCUUUCAAUUAUUGGGAUAAUUCAACUAUUCUUAUGCUAGGACUAUUAAAUUUUUUUUUAUCAAUGUUAAAUUAAGGACAGUGCUAAUACAGAUGUCCUCCCAACAUUAAAAAUUACAAAUUUGUACAACAUUGGUUGAAGAAUUAAAUUAUCUAUUAAGUACAAAGUCAAUUUGUAAUUUCUUUCCAUUGUCAAUAGCUCCGUUUUUCAACCAUGCUAUAAGUUAAAAAUUAAAUUAUAGUAAUUUUGUCAAUAUCAAAGCAAAUGUUAACAAGCAACAAAAAAUGGGUUCACAUUCACUUUGGCUUAUGGGGUGUAGUUAAGUAAAAAUUUAAGAUUAUUAAUGGGAAAGGUGGUUGGGAUUAAAGAUUCAUAAAAAAUGUGUAUUCAUGAUAUUAAUCAUAUAAUAUAUGUUAUAUGGAUGUAACCAAAUCCAAGCAAAAAUUUAAAAUCUUAAAAUGUUAUGUUCUCUUUAAUAGAAUAUGCGGAUAUAAAAUAAUUAAUUUUGUUUCCAGACUAAUGUGGCCCUAAUCUCGACAAGCUCAAACGUCCAUCAUGCGGGGUGCAAAAAUAGCUAAAGGUUUAUUCUACCUGUCUGUGGCAGGCGCAGGAGCUUUCUACACUGCCACUGUCAUCUACCCUAAUAUUGCAUCACGAUACAAAAAGGUAAGUCAAGUAAGUAAAUAAAUCAUAAGUUUAAAAUAUGUUUUGCCUCUGGAAAUGUUGGCUAAUUUAAAUUCAUUUCAUUAUUGUUAACGCAUUAGGGAUGACCAAAGUAUUUGAAAGAUGGCUUUUUUGUUUACUAAAAAAUGGUUCAAUUACCAACAAGCACCUGAGGCAAACACUAUACACAGGCUAAAACAUCAUGAUCCAUAUAAAUUUACUAGUUUACUAGUCCUGUAUUUUGUGUGAUGUGAUGACAGAAGCUGAUGGACAUGUUGGUAAAUAGUGUCUUUUUACACAGCAAACCCUACUUAGUGAUGUGUGUCUUUUAAACAAACAUACACAAUUUAAUUGAAAAGUAGAUUUAUUUUAAACUGGGCCAAAGCUUUACCAAAAAUUAAUUGCAUUUAAUUUAUUAUUCUUAAUAAGCUGCACUAUAAACAUGUGUCAUAAAGUUCUUAAAAAAGAUUUCAGUGAAUGCAAAAGUCUGUAGAAGAUUUUUUCGAUCUAUAGACAAUAGUCUUAAUAGACAUUUUACCUCCAUUUUCCUAAUGAGAUAUGUUUUUCAAAAGUUUAGGUAAAAGAUGUGAUAAAAUAAACAUGAAAUAUUAUUUAAAUACAACAUGACAACUGUUAUAGAUUAGAUUGGUAUAAAAAGAUAAAAGUAGUUGAGUCUUUCUACCUGGAGUCACGUUAGUAAUAUAUUUGUAACCUGGUUAGAGACGGGAGAUAAACUGCCUUUCAAGUGCCAUUCUUUUAUAUCUCCUUUUAUGAUUCAAGUCUACCAUUGAAGUUAGCAGAGAUGAGUUGCAGAGAAUGAAUGCUCCACUGCCUACUCGAGAUGACCUUAUUAAAGGCAUCAGAUGCCAAGAACUAGAUGUUCUUGUUAUUGGUGGUGGAGCCACUGGCUUAGGUGUUGCUUUGGAUUCUGCAACACGAGGUAAGACAUUUAUAUACAUUGUUCUCAUCACAAGUAAUAACUGUCAUAUUUGUGCUACUGUUCGGUAACAACUAAGACUUGAUACAUCAGCCACCUGUAACGCAAGACCAUCACAGAUUGUAGAAAAAUAAUAAAAUAAUAAUUUAUCUUGUUAUAACAUUCCUAUAAAAAAAAAAGGUUAAAUACAGAUUAGUGUGAAAAUUAUUCAACAAAUCUGAGCAAUUCACUUCAACUGAUUUUGGACCAUAAGGGACAUGGGAGGGAUUAUAUUUUUGUUAAUUGUUGAUUUAUGUUAUGCUAAAUCAUCUCCAACAGGAUUAAAAACUGGAUUAGUGGAGAAGUUUGACUUUUCCUCUGGGACCAGCAGCCGAAGUACUAAACUCAUUCAUGGUGGUGUUAGAUAUUUGCAAAAGGCAGUUUUUAGUUUAGAUACUGAACAGGUAAAUAAAUACUUUUCCAUUCCCAAAUAAACUGAGUCAAAUUUCUUUUUGAACGCACUAUACUAUAUAGUAAAACAAAAUAAUGCAUUAAAAAAGAACUUUGACGCAAAAUUUUAACGUGUGAACUGAAAAAAAGAUUCGACCAAAUUUCCGUUCGAUCAAAUUUCCUUCGACCAAAUUUCUUUCAAACAAAUUUCCGGCUACGGAUUCAACAAUAUUAAGUGUAAUAAUUUUUGUUUUGCAUCUUCUUUUUCUUUAUAUUUUUUAUAAAUAAAUAUGUCUAUGCCAGAUAGGAUGAUUUAAAAUUUAAGAAUGUUCCUUCCUCUUUAGUAUAAAAUGGUAAAGGAAGCCCUGGCUGAACGUGCAAACCUGCUGGAGAUAGCUCCUCACUUGGCCUACCCACUGCCUAUAAUGUUGCCAGUCUACAAGUGAGUUCAUCACAAUAAUUGUGGUUAGUGUAAUAUAAAGAUGUCCUAAUUUACUUAUAACACUUAUUUUCAUUCCCAUGUCUUAGAUAUCUUACCAUUCAGUUUUGCUCAGAUGGAUUGAGCAGUUUAAAUAAACUUGGCUUGAGACACCCACUUGUCAUUUUAAAUAGGGAAACAAAUCAAUUAUUUAAGAAUUUAAAUAAAACUACUUUCACUACAAUAUACUUGGUGUACUAAUGAUUUUUUUGUAGCAAUAGUUAUACAUUUUUGUUUGUUUCAGGUGGUGGCAGGUCCCUUAUUAUUGGGCCGGUGUGAAGGCUUAUGACUUUGUAGCUGGUAGCCAGAUCUUGAAGCCGAGUUACCUUUUGUCAAAGUCAAAAGCCCUUGAGCAGUUUCCUAUGUUGAAAAAAGAUGAGCUGAAGGCUGCCCUCGUAUAUUAUGAUGGUAUGAUGUUGUCUCCAACUUAAGUGGCGCUCAAAGCAGUACGCCAUAGAUCGUUUUUAUGCUUUAACAGUUACAUUAAAGAUGAUUUGAUUAUAAAUGGCAUUUGUGGUGGAUUAAAGAGUUGGUUUUCAAAGAAGUUAUUCAUUAAAUAUACUUGUAACUAAAAAAGAAAACUAUUAAGUAUCUAUAGAGAAGUUUAUUAUAAUUAUAUCUUUUAAUUAGAGAUGCAUUUAAUUUAUACAUUUUAAAAUAUUCAACUGUAAUGAAUUUAAUUUUAAUACAAGCAUAACAAAUUGUAUCGAGUCUCAAGACUUAUUUUGGUUUAAAAUUUAACAAAAACUAAGAUUUUUAUGUUUAAAAGGGUGAUUUUAGAUCUAACAAGGUUUUUAAAACACCCUUAAUAUAUUUUGUUGUUCCUGAAUCUAAAAUAUUCUGUAUUAUACUUUGUUUUCCUUUUAAGUCAACUUGAUUGGCUUUGUGCCAAUUUAACAAGUAUGAUAUUAUUAGAAUACAUUAUUUGUCAUCAAUGGUGGGGGUUGCCUAGAAUGUGAAUUAGCAACCAAAACAUGUCUUUAAAAUUGGUGUAAUGUUUUGAAUUUACACUGUUUUCUUAAUUUUGAGCUUAAAAGUAAAGUAAAGAUGCCCUCCUGUCUCACACUUAGGUCAGCAUGAUGAUGCCCGAAUGGCUGUGUCAAUGGCCAUCACUGCAGUCCGACAUGGAGCUUACUGUCUGAACUACACAAAAUGUGAGAGCUUGAUCACUUCCUGUGUCGAUGGAGAGGAGCGUGUAACUGGUGCUAGGGUCAGAAAUACUCUUACUGGUAAGUCUAAAAAAAAAAUUUAAAAGAGUAGCCUUUUAGAGUUCAUGUAUCAUUAAGUGUAUUAAAGGUAUGUUUAGGAGUCACUGAAAAAUUUUUAGGAGGCACUGUGAAAGAUGUUUAGGAGUCACUAUGAAGGAUGUUUAGGAGGCCCUGUGAAGGUUCAUCUUUUUAUGUUAAUACUAAGUUUGAUUGUAAUCUUUGUUAAUUAUUGCAUUGCUUGGAAGUUAAAGAUAUUUAAUUUGAACCAUUAUUAUAGAUAUAUUAUUUGACCCACUAUUACUACCUAAAUACUACAUUAACAAAAAACAUCUCUUGACUUAUCCAGUCAGUAGAUAGAUGAAUGGCACAUACAUAAGAAAAGCCUCCCUUAUAACAGAUAUUUUCAUGAAGCUUUGUGGUAUUUUGUGCUCUUAACCCUUUACAGUCCGAUGCGCCCGAAAUGCGCCGAUUUUUUACUUAAGCGUACAGUCCGAUGCGGCCAAACCCGCCCGUUUCGAGGUUGUUUUCUUUCGUUCUUAGCACAGCGGAAGUCCAUUGCGCAUUACUAUUUAUAGUUCUACCGGAAGAAAGCCUCGUUGUCGGCAUUUAUUUCGAUACUAGUUUGACCGCGGUGUGUUUAGGGGCUGAUUUUCUAUGAUUAGCACAGCGGAAGUCCAUUGCGCAUUACUAUUUAUAGUUCUACCGGAAGAAAGCCUCGUUGUCGGCAUUUAUUUCGAUACUAGUUUGACCGCGGUGUGUUUAGGGGCUGAUUUUCUAUGAUUUUUUUUAAAAGUCGCGAUUUUUUCGCUGUAAAAAAUGGCUAUCUAAGCUUUGGAUACACAUUUGAAAGAACUUAGGCCUAAUGAAGCUUCACUAUUUCAUGAGUGGGAGGGUCUCUGAAACUAUUUUUAGGUUUAACUUUUGCUUUAAUCAUUUCUUUGUAUUUAGGUAUUUUUUAUUUUAUUUUGUUGCUUCUAGUUUAUUUUCUGAAAAUUAAUUAGAUAAAGAACCUUCAUUUAAAAUGGAGUUAUGUCCCUUUGCUUGGGCGCUGGGAGUAGACAAGGCUGAAUAGGUUGGACUGUAAAGGGUUAAAAAUUCUCAGAUGUAUAGUAAAAGUUGUAGCAAUUAUCCCGAGAAUGCCAUAGUAGCUAAUAAAAUAGACACAGCUUUUUUUUUUUAUAACUAAAUUUUAUUGGUGCGUUUUAUUUCUAAACUGCAAAAACAUUGUUUUGUUCCUCAGGUGAAGAGUACUGCAUCAAUGCCAAAUGUGUGAUCAAUGCCACAGGGCCUUACACAGACUCUAUACGUAAGAUGGCAACCAAAAGAAUCCCCAAAAUCUGCCAGCCCAGUUCUGGUGUCCAUAUAGUUCUACCCGACUAUUACAGCCCAGGGAGUAUGGGCCUGUUGGAUCCAUCUACAUCAGAUGGUCGGGUUAUUUUCUUCCUCCCAUGGCAGAAUGUAACUCUGGCAGGUAUGCAACUUUAAAAAAAAUGUAUUCCUUACUUCUAAGGCUAAACAGCAAAAAAACAACAUUUGAUUUGUAUAAACAUGUUUAAAUAGCUUUUUUUUGCAUCCUGAAAGUUGAUUAAGUGUGUGGAAUGCUUUAAAAAACCAAAUGAAUAUAUUAAAUAACUUCAAAGUAAAAGGUUAAUCAUUUUUUUACAAUAAAAUUAUGUUUCAUAAUUUAACAAUGGAAAUUACAAUUUAAAAAAAACAAAUGAUGCUUUAUUUCCCAUUUUUAAAUAUCAAAGAAUUCAAUUACAAUUUUGUGUUUUGAAAUAACUUGCGUGAGAUCUAUAUGAUUUGAACAGUUUAACUGAGAUUAUGAAAGUUUUAUCAUAAUUUUUGUAGAUAUAAUUCUCAUUCUAAGGCCAAUUAUUUUGUGGACAACAGCAAGGGCUGCAUGCUGGGAAUUCAAGAGCUACUGUUAAAUUUUUUUAUAGUUUUGAACUAACAGCUGUUAUUCGUCACAAUCCAGGUACCACUGACAAUCCCUGUGAAGUGAGUGAUAACCCUCAACCUACUGAAAAAGAUAUCCAGUUUAUCUUGUCUGAAAUUAGAAACUAUCUUAGCCCUGAUGUGGAAGGUAAGUCACAUAUUACAUUAUGGUGCAUUUGACCUGCCUAUCCCAAGUCAGUGUUGAAAGCUUGAUCUGAACAUUUUAUGACCCGCAUUUAAUAGUGCUUUAUUGAGAACAUUUCAAUUAGUUUUGGACGCAAAAGAAGGUUCUUGAUUCUGUAGCUUGGGUAAAUUAAAUCAAUGAUUUUGUUUCACCUCACAGUGCGCCGUGGUGAUGUUCUGUCAGCAUGGAGUGGAAUCCGACCCCUUGUUUGUGACCCUAACAAGUCGGACACUCAAUCCAUCGCUAGAAAUCACAUCAUUGAGGUGUCCCCAAACAAGCUUGUCACAAUUGCAGGUAUGUUUGUUAUUGAACUCGUACCCCGUUUCUUGAUAUAUUUUACUUAUGCCUUCUUGUCAUGGAAGGCGUUAACUGUGUUCGGUUGGCUUUUAAACAUUCAUUAACACACAUAAAUUAUCUUUUUUCUUUAGGUGGGAAGUGGACGACGUAUCGUUCUAUGGCCGAAGAAACUGUAGACACAGCUAUUGAUUGUUGCGGUUUGAACCCUGUUGGUCCUUGCAGGACAAAAGGUCUCCUCUUGGAUGGUGCCCAUGGCUGGUCACCAACUCUAUUCAUCAGACUUGUCCAGGAUUAUGGCUUAGAGAAUGCUGUAAGAAUAUCACACAUUAAUAUACAAAUGAAUGGAUUCAGUGAGAUGGGUAUAAAUCUUGCCAUAAGAGACUUAUGAAUGUGUACAGUAAUCUACAUAAAAAGUCAUACCAUUAAAAACAAUUGAUGAAGUUAUACAAUGAGAUAUUCUUAAACUCAUUUUUAUUUAUUUAAAAUUAAGGGCGUAACUUUUGUAUUAUUUUUUUUGUUUUACCUAUUUAUAACCAAAGGGAAAUAGCAAGAUAUUUAAAUAAAUUUGAAAGGAAUCUUGUCAAAUGGUCAGAGUAAUAUUCAAACAAGGGUUUAUUUUACAUAAUAUAUGAUUAAUUUUCAUGUUUUGAUUAUUGUAAAUACAUUUUUGUAUCAUUGUAAAUACAUUUUUGUAUCAUUGUAAAUACAUUUUUGUAUCAUUGUAAAUACAUUUUUGUAUCUUUCCAAGGUUGCUCAACAUUUAGCAAGAACUUACGGUGACAAAGCCUUUAAAGUAGCAUCAUUGUCUAAGAUGACAGGCAAAAGGUGGCCAGUCAUAGGCAAGAGGAUCCAUGAAGAGUACCCAUAUAUUGAAGCAGAGGUACAAUGAAAUAAUUAACAGCACUUGUAGCAACAGUUUCUCAUAAAUGGCUUUAACCUUUUUUUUUAAUCAUCCCUGAUUUAUUAAAAAAAUCAGCAACAUAUUUUAAUUUUGUCAACUCACUAAUUAAUUAACUCAUUUCCGACGUUUGGGACUAAAUGCGUUCUUUACAGGUUUCGCCGGAUGCGUCCAAAUGCGUCCCGGCGCAUAGCGACACAUCUCUCUCAUAUCUAUUUAAAAAUAGCAAUGAAAUCUCGCAUCCCACAAGACUUCCGGUGAUGGCGUGGUUCAGCGUGAUUUUAAUUUAAAAACCGGAAGUUUUUAUCUUGUUUCACUUUAAAACUACGUGUGCUUUAGUACGGCGCGUCUAUAUGUAGCAUGUGUUCGUCCGAGGUGCCGAAAAUCAAUUUUUUGGCCAUUGUUCGUUAUUUUUUCCCGGCUAAUGUUAUAUUUAUAUUAAACCUUAUUCAUUCUUUAAUGCAUUGGUUCUUAAUUCGUUAACAUUAAAUAACUAGCAGCUUAAAUAAAUAUUUUACAAAUGUAAAUCAAUUGCAAGACGGAGUUACUUCCCUUUCUCAGGCAAAUAAAUUAAAUACGGAAGUAGCAUUGCAGGAGGGAAUGAGUUAAUAAGUUUAACAUAAACAGCAUAUGAGCAAAUCUUGCUUCUAAAAAAAAAAUCAUGAUUCAAUUUAACUCUUUGGCUCCGGAAUUAUUUUCCUUAUUCUGAUGGAAUUAUCUAUUUUGCAUAUUUGUUAUUCACAACUAUGUUAUCUCUAAACCAUCAUAACUUUUUUGUUUUUAUCAGAAAAUUUUAAGGUUUGGUAUGGAAUUAAAGGGGAAUGCAUGCUCUUUACAGACAAUACAGACUUUGGUUUAAAUUUUAAUAUAUAAAUGUGAUUUUCAUUUAAGGAAAAAAAUUCACCAAUUGAUCGCAAAACACUCAUUCCAAGUCACACAAAGAGAAAUUUGUAAUCCAAAGUGUAAAAAAAAUGUUCCUUUUCUGAACUAUAUCCAUAUCUGCAUCACAAAUAAUAAAAAUCACAUUUACAAUAAAAAUUUUAAAAAAAGGAAAAUUUCCAGAGCACCAUUAUUCAUUGUCAGAGCCACACAAAAAAUGUCAGGAAACCUAACUAUUUUCAUUGGAAUAAAUUUGUUGCUACUAGAAAAUAUUUGCACUAUAUACUUGUAUGUAUUAACAUUUAUUAUGGUAAAUUGAAAAGUUACCAUAAAUUUGUCAUAUCUUUUCAUCUGUGUUUUCACUAUGGUAAUCCUUAAAACAAUCCAUUUUGAUGUGCGGAUUUGACUCACAUGCAACAACAACAUGUACAGUUUGCCUUGUUCUACAGUGUUCGCACACACUGUCCUUUUUGCUCUGAUAAGUCUCAAUGGCACAGGGACGUCCACGGCCUGGUCUGAAACUUCUGAAGUUUUCCCCCAAUGUAAUGAUGGCAGCAGCAUAUUCUAUUAAUCUGUCCACAAGUUGCAGCUUGAAAUUUCUGAGGAUUAUUUUUCUAACUUUUCUCUGAUCUUCUGGCCUUGUGGGUUUCUAAAAGGCUGAAUUUUACACUUAUUUUCUGGAACAUGUAGAAAAAAAUUAUACAAGGCUUCCAUUUGCUCUCUCUGACACAUUUGACAUACCAGGAUGUAUACAUCCCGUUGACCAAAAGUAACGAAAAAUGGAAGAGAGUUCAUCCACAGUGUUGUUGUUACUGCUAGAAAUUUCUAGGUCUCAAGAUGGUUGACAGGUUUACAGUCGCUAAAAAUGUAUCUCUUGAUCUUUGACUGUUGAUUUUAAUUUCUGUAGGAAUCAUACAAAUUUUUUUGAGAGUAAAAGCUUGUAAAAGUAAAAGUUAAAAAAAACAGUCAAGUUCAUUUGAGUUACUAGUCACAAGCUCCAAAUUUACAACUACAUUUAAUAAGGUAAAUAUUUGAAUUUGCACUCAGUUUUAGUGCCAAGAUCAGCAGUUUUCCAAUACAUUAUUUUGUUCAGAAACAGUAUUAGCUCUUUUACAAAGCACUUUAGCUUGGGCCUGGUAGUUUAUCAGCUGAUGAAUUAUGAAUUUCAUUAAUAUUAUUACUUCAGAAGUUUUCGUCACUAUUGCUACUACUACUACCACCACCACUACUACUACUGGGCUUAUAUGAUUCAUCAGAAUCAGCCUCUGCAUCCGAAAUCAUAACAUUACCAUCUGAAUUGUCAUCAGGGUAAUAUUUUCUACCUUAAUUAGAUCGAUCGCCAGAUGGGUCAGGUCACUGUAAACAGAAAUAAAUUAGAUAAUAAAAAUAACCCUUUAAACACUUCAUUCUCCAUAAAAACUAAAGAAAAUCUGGAUGUUUAUCAAAAGGAAAGCAUUCUAAAUUUGAUUAAAAGUAAUUUAAAACAAGUAGCUAAGAAAAUAAAUAAAACUAAGUGGCAUCGUCGAUCCGACACAAACUUCAUUUAAAAUCGACGAUGGGGAGCAUUGAUCCGGAGAAAAGGAGAAAGUUAUUGUUUUUUCAUGAAACUUUUUAAAUGUUUGUUUUUUUUACUAGGUGAAAUAUGCAGUGCGUGAAUAUGCGUGCCGUGCCAUUGAUGUUGUUGCUCGCCGCACCCGCCUGUCUUUCAUAAAUGUGCAUGCGGCUCAGGAAGCCCUCCCAAAGAUCAUUGAGAUUAUGGCAGAGGAACUCAAAUGGGAUGAAAAGACUAAAAAGGUUGGUUUAAGAAGCUGGGUUGGUUGUAAGGAGUAAAGAAAGUCCUUGACUGAACACAGUCAAGUCAUUGUCAGGUUUUACUUGCAUGCUGAAAAUAUUCCCUGAUCCAAAUGUCUAAUCCAUGUACUAAGUACUAAGAAACUAAUUUUCUGAAGGUUUGCUUACUCUUGAGAUAAAUUGUUUGCACAAGAAAAUAGUUAAGCAGUGUUUUGUGUUUAGUUAGGAGUAUAUGCUCAAUCUAUAUCGGUAUUGAGCUAAGUAAUAAUAAGAAUUAUUUUAAUGUAAUAAUCUAGUUGUUAAAUAUCUAUAAAGAAUCUAGAGUGUUUCAGAAACUCUAGUUAGAUUUAUAGAUAUUAUGUCAUAAUUUGAUUUCAAAUGAUUAUUGGUUUUGAAAAAAAUUAUCUGUUGUUGGUUUUACAAAGCAAAGUUUAGCAUUUAAACUGAAAACUACUAAAAUCCAUGAAUUUUAAAAUUAUUUAAUAAACAUAAGCAAUUGAAUGGAGAGUGGCUUCCCCAAUGUGAAAGUUUGUAGUCGCCUAGUGUGCAAAUUAACAUGGACAUGCAUAAAAAGUUGUAGCGCCUAUCCUGAUAAAAAUGGACAAUUUUUGAUAAUUUGUUUAAAGGUUCGAGAAAUAAGAGUCCUAUUUUCAAACACAAGACUCACCCUGUACUUUGACUGGCUUUGUGUGACCCUUAAAGUAAUUAUUGGAGUACCUACCUACUAUGACAGCCUUGGCUAAAAAAUAUCUUUUUAAAAUCUGAUUUUUGAAGAAGAAAAAAAUAUAAAAAAUUUUAAAACUUUAUAAAUAUUCAAAAUCAGAUUUAGCUAUUUUGAAAUAGCAAAUGUCUGCAUUUAUUCUUUAGUAUUUAUUAAAUCACUGCUUUCUUUUAGCCCUGUUUUUUCAAAUGUAUUACUAUUUCGUCAUUGUUAAAAUCUCACUACCAGCGUAUGCCUCGCUAAUACAAACCACCAAAAAUUUACGAAUUGCAGAGUAGGUGUUUUUAGUUAAUGAAUUAUAUCUCAAUAAACAGUGCCAACAGUUAGAAGUGGAAGCAUUUUUGUGUAGGGAUAUGGGCAAAGCCAUCUUGAAUACCUACCGAUGUCCAACUUGCCCCGGCCUUUCCUGUGAUGAUGAUAGCCCUGACCCUUGUAAGACUUGCAGUCCCAAACCUAGAGGAUGCCCCUUUAAAAAAUGUGCUGAAAAAUCAGAAUCAGACCCGUGUGAUCCAUGUCGCUCGGAUCAGUCAGAGUCUCCGAAACCUUGCAAGCUGCCAUUUAUUAAAAAAUAAGGGUAAAAGUUUUGAGUUCAGCGGUUUUCUCUUAUUUCAGUGAGAAGUUUUGUUGGUUUAUUUGGUCGGUUUAUUAUUUGAUUUUUCAUUAAUUCAUUGGUUGUGUAGUAUUUAUUCAACAAAUUUUGAUUCCCAUACCAGUACCUCCUGAUGGUGUAAGAAAAAUUUCAGAAUUAGAAGCUAAUGAAGAAAAAAAUCUAAUUUGUUAAAUAGCCACAUAAUAUUGCUGUUUCAUAGAUGGUUGUUAAGGUUGAUCCCAUGCUUAUCUCCCCUUUGCCAUUUAACUUCAAUUUAAAACUAUGAAUUUUAAUCAUUUGUAAUCUAAGAAAUGAAGUCAACUUUAUGAUGUAAUUUAAGGAUACCUAUUUUUUUCUUAAAUUUCUCAAUAAACCUAAUUAUUUUUAAAAGCAAUAUUUGUUAUGUGAACAUUGAUAUUCUAUACAGAUUAUUAUGUCACUUUUUGACUUUGACUAUCUACAUAACAUAAACAAUUUACUUCUGAAUGCAUCAACACUUUAUAUUGUGAUUAUUUCUGGAAAUCAGUAUGGAAUAAUUUAAUGGCAUAAUUUUGUAUAGCUUACUUACUGAAAGACUGUUACUAUUUCAAAUUAUAAGCUGUAUAAAUGUUACUUUUUGCAGCGUGCAAUGAAGUAGUAAUUUCCUUUAAUGUUGUUCGUCCCAAUGUGAACACCAAACACCAGCAAUUUAAUCUAGAUUUGUUUAGUUUUCUUAAUAUUCUUUGGUCCAGCAACUUAUUAGUGUGAUAAUUCGUUGUAUUUUAUUUGACUAUUCCUACAUCCAGAGUGAACUGGAACAUGCCGAGCGCUAUCUUAGGACAGAGAUGGGCUUGGAUAUCAAGAGAGCAACGGAGAAAGAUGUCCCAUUAAACUUUACCAAAGAUGAGAUUAACCAUUAUGUGCGGAGGUUCAAGUCAUUGGAUGUAGAGAAUAAGGGUUAUAUUUCUAUUAAUGAUCUCAGGAGAUAUUUCAAGGUAAAUUUUCAAACAUUUUAUUUUUAGUUUAAGCUUUUGCAAUCAAUGUUAGAUUGCUAUUUUGUUUUAAAUUAAACAGUUUGGGUUGUAUUUUUUCAAUAAUGUAGACUUGGUAAUCUUUUUUUAAAGAGUCAGUUUAUUGUUUUACCUAGAAGUUUUUUUGUUUUUUCCAAACUGGUAUUAUUUAUGAUUCAUGAUGUACACUCAUAAGAAAUAAGAAAUACUAAGGCUUUCCUGCACAUAUAUUUUUAAUUAGCAAAGGGACACAAAACCUAAUGUGACAAUACUGAAUGUUUUAUCUUUUAAUGGAAACCCUGUCUGCUAGAGUUUGCUAAUGAAUUUGCUGCAAUUUAGCUUCAAUUUACAAGUAUUUCUGUUUUGAUUGUCUUGCUAACUGUAAAAUAUCUUUACAGAACAUAGGGGAAAAAAUUCCAGAGGACCAGUUGCAUGAAAUUCUCAGUGAAGUUGACCUGAACAGAAAUGCACAAGUUGAUAUUGGAGAAUUCCUUCAGGUGAGACAAUGUCAUUUAUUAAUCUUUAUUCUAGAAAAAAAAUUUUUUUUUAAAGUCUUAUGCAAAUGGUUUGAGUUGGUUGAUUUCAAAACAGUGUGAAUGGGAAACAAGACAGUUUCUCUUAUUUCUCCCUCUGCUGUUACAGGUAUUCUUUUUUUAAAAGUAUAGUUUUGUAAGAUAAUCGUUCAUUAUUUAGUUUUUCAAUUGGGUGUCAAUCGUUCAUUAUUUAGUUUUUCAAUUGGGUGUCGUUGGGGAGGGGGAGGUGUAGAAUUAGUGAAAACUAAAAUGAAUGUGUAUAAACUCAACCCAGAGAAUCUAAAAAAAUAACUACUUAAAAAGGAUUGUCCCCAAUAUUAAUAACUCUAAUAUAAGCCAAAGUCAUUAAGCUUACAUCCAUUUUUAAAUUUCUUUUAAAAGGUUAAAAAUGAUGCAUCAAUUUUUUCAUAUGAUUUAUUUGAAGUAAUCGGUUUUCAUAUUAUUUUAAUAUUUUUUGUUUGGUUCUUUCAAAACACUGGCGACUGCUUAACUAAAAAAUUCAUAUUUUGUUCAUUUCUCGUAAUAUUUACUGCAAGUUGGGGAUACCUGGUAAUUCCAAUCCUCAAAAAGUCUAGAUUUUUUCCUAAAAGGUCUAGACUUUUUCCUUAUAAAUGUUUGAAAAUACCUUGCCAAUUAAAGGAGUUUCUAUGGCUGCUGGCAUUUUGUUACCUUUAAGAAAAAUUAAGUUAGAUCCCCAUGUGCUUUUGAGUCUUGAAAGAUUGGCUCUCAAAUUUCUGAGCUGUAUUUUUAGUAUUGCCCACAUGUCAGUGGUAGUGUCAAAUUGGAUCCACUGCAGCCUUAAUAGCAUGUUAGAUUUUUGUGUGGAAAAUAUUGACAACAUUUUUACAUUGAUUCACAUUGUACAUCUUAUAAUCUUAUGAGAAUUGUUGGUUAAAAAUUAAUUUAAACCAAUAAAAUGUUAUUUAUUCUUUGCUUAGUUGCAGUUGUUCCCAACUGUUUAGCAAAGGCAGAUUUUUUUUGUUUUUUUUUUUGUUUUUGUUUUUUUUUUUUUUUUUUUUAUUUUUAAAAAUUUAUUUUUUUAAAAAAAUAAAAAAAAAUUUUUUUUAAUUUUUUUUUGGUGUUUUUUGUAAUUUUUUUUUUUUAAUUUUUUUUUUUUUUUUUUUUUUUUUUUUUUUUUUUUUUUUUUUUUUUUUUUUUUAAACUUCAAAAAUGUCAAUUUUGAAAGAAAUAAAAAAAACUGCUUGUUACAUCUUAUUUGGAGCAUUUUGUAAGUCUUGUUUUAUAAUAUUGUUCGGCUAAAAAUGAAAUUUCAGACAGCUGCUAAAGUGAUGGAAAUGAAUAAACAAGCAAGUAGAUGAAUUGUAUUUGGCUUUAAUAUCCAGAGGUUAACUAAUAAUAAGUGCUGUCCAGAGGUUUAGAAUAGAUACGUAUUCAGGGGUUGUGGAUGAGUGUGCAAAUGUUACCCUCUGGGCAGAAGUGACUAAUAUUAACCAUUGGUUUCUUUCCAUGCUGACCAAAAUAAAACAUUAGCUUAAUAUAGAUAUGAAUUUAUUCUAUAAAUAAUCUAGUGAACAUUUCUCCACUUUACACAUAGAUGAUCUUGGCUUGGAUUUCAAUUUAUCCCAAAUGUUUUUUUUUUAAAUAGGAUAUUAUAAGGAAUUAUAACUUAAUAGUAGUUUUUAUAUAUCUGUUGUUUUUUUUUACACUAUCAAAGUGCUUUUGAAAUCUUUUAACCCUUCCAUAUUGUAUUUUAUUCAAUGAGUUUAGUGGCAAGUGUUUUUCUGCAAACAGAUCUGUUUGCAUUUAUAGCCUUUCUGUGUAAAUAACAAUGAAGUCUAUAGUGUCUGCAGACAAUCCCUAAGUCACUUGUUCCCUGUUAAUAACAGCCUAAAAACAGACACAUGCUGUAGGCUCCCCCUUGACCAGACUCAAUAUUUUUGCUCUCUUACUUUAUUACUGGUGAAAGAUGCAGUGACUAUGAAGUAGAAAUGUAAAUUAAUUUCUUAUGGGAGCAUUAAUAUAAUAUUUUUUUAUCUACACUCACAUUUAUUUUGGGCUCAAAUUUACUAUGAAUUUUUUCUUCCCUGUCUUACAUGAAUUGGACACCCUUGAUACAGGACAAUAUAAUCGCUAACAACUUUGAAUGGGGCUUUUCUGAUUAGAUGUCAUCUGUUGUUAACUGAAAGAAACAUAAUCAUUGUCUAACUUCUUUGAAAUGUGUGAUGUGCUGACUGCAGUAAAAAAAAAGCUUUAUGCCCAAUUAUGUGUUUUCAAAUUGUGGGUCAAUCUAUUAGUAAUUAGUGACUUAGUUAUUUCUUUUACAAUGUUAUUAGGUUGUUUUUGAGAUGGGGGGUGUUCAUGGAUUUUUUUUAGCAAUUUAAAUAUAUUUUUUUUUAGUAUUAGUUUAUCCAUAGUUAAAAUCUAGUGUGUUGGGUACCAGCGUAAUCUAGUUUGUAAUUAUGUUGUUGACUUGGUAUAACCUAUAUGAGAUGUGUCAUUAGUGCCAUUAUCCAGUGGUUGUCUCGUCAAUGGAUAUGGUUCGACUCCUUAACAUUCAUUUUUUUUCUAAUUUGUGAAGUGACCUUAGUUAGAGAUGGCCCCCUACAGUGAUAGGGGUGUUAAUUCAUCUAUAUAUGGCUGGAGUUGGGAACCACUGUAAGAUUUAUCAAAAGAGCUUAUGUUUAUGUCAUUUUUCAUUAUCUUUUGAAAUCUUGCAAGACACUCUUGUAGUCAUGGUUAAAUUAUUUCUUCAGUUUUAUUACAAAAUAUAUUUUAUCUUGAAAUACUCUUGGGUCAUUUUAAUGUUAAAGUUGUAUAAUAUUGUUCCUGUGUACCUGAAUCUCUUAUCUGUGUACCUGAACUCUUUCCUGUGUACCUGAAUCCCUUUCCUGUGUACCCGAAUCCCUUUCCUGUGUACCCGAAUCUCUUUCCUGUAUACCUGAAUCUCUUAUUGUGUACCCGAAUCUCUUUCCUGUCUAUCUGAUUUCUCACUGAUUAUUUUAUCUCCCACAGCUGAUGAGUGCCAUAGAGCAUGGGACAGUGGUCAACUCCAGAUUUGCUAAGGCCUUGGAAGACAAUGAGGAAAACACAAAAAAGAUUUCCGUUGAAAGAAGUGGAGGUGGUGUUUAGCUGUUUUGACUUUUUCAAAGACGAAAAAAUUUGCCCUGAUUAGUUAGAAGUUAUUUUUUCCAAACAAGUGGUGGAGAAGCAGCUCUGUACAGUACUCUCCCUAUGAAAGAGAAGACUAUUUAUUUGGUUGAUCCACCAUUGUCUAGUGGCGUGAGCCUGUUAUGACAGAGUUUUCAAGCAUUCUGUGUUGACAGUUGUAAAGGGGAUGGUUCACUCAGACGGCCUGAAACAGCAACAUUUCUAAUGGAUUUUUUUAAAAUGCUUUUUUUAAGGGUUACUAUCAUCUAGACACACUUUAUAAGAAUCUUUAUUCUCUACAACAACCAAUAUUUUAUUGAUAUCAAUGUUGAACAGAUAUUUAAGAACCUUUAUCUGUAGAUACCCUGGACAUAAUGGUUAAUUUUCAUCAAUGAAAAAUUCAUUUCCUAGUUAAUGUUCUCAUCCAUUUUAUUGACUCCUAAAGUUCAUGAUAUAUUUAUUUUUCAUAUGAUUAAGAACAUUCUACUGAGAAUCAAAUGAUUGCAUUAUGUUUUGCGCUAGGUCAACAAAUGCACUCCAGAUCAUUAGUAAUUACAUCUAAGUACAAAUAGGAAAAAGUUUUAUGAGAAGGAAAAAAAUAAUUCUAAUCUAACAUAAAAAAAAUGUUUGUAUCUGAAGAUGAAAAAAAAAAAAUUAAAUAAUGGAUUCACCCGAGUUUUGUAUAUUUAAGUUUCAGAUAAUGUAUAUACAAGGGUCUUUGCAGAGUCACAUCACACUUAACCAUUGUCUGGGUGUGGCUUGUAUCAAUUAUGGCUUGGUUCACUCAAGCACAUUCCUGAAAAGUUGCUCUUUAUGUAGUCAUAAAAGCUCAUUACACAAAAUACAAAAAUGACCCAGCAGCUAACAUCUCAAGAUUUAGUGCAACUUCAUGUUGAUAGCUCAUCUAUAAGCAUAUGCCAAUAUGAAGCUUACACGUAUUGAGUAGCGGCUUCUUGCUGAAACACCACAGUGCUAAGUGCACGUUGUUAGGUUGAGGAAUGUUUACAAAGUUUUCAAACACACCACGGGUUUUUGUUGAUUACUCUGUAUUGCGAGGCUGGGCAUUCUACUGAAAUUUAUAUAAAAUUGCACCAUAUUUUUUCUCUGCUUGAAAAGGAUAUAUAAGAAAAAUGUGGAAUAGUUGCUUCUCCUGAUACUAUGGAUACGAUCUCAAAUUAUAUGCAUGAUAAACGUAACUGGGGAUAUCUUGAAUGCAAAUCAAAAUUUCAGAAAUCUUACACUUGAUUUAAUAUACUAUUUAUGUUUGAGACAUACUUGAAAAAAUACUUGUACAGCUGACUACAUUUUUUAAUAGUAUUUACAUGUUUAAAUAAUAUAAUCUAUUUCUCUUGCUUGACUACACAAACUGCCAUAUUUAAGUAUAUCAUUAGAGACACUAGAAUGUGUGUAUUAGCUUUGUUGUUUUGUUUUAGCCUCUUUUGUUAUGAUAGUUAGUGAGCAGACUUACUCUGUAUAAAUAUUUUCUUAUGAUUUUUUUUUAUUUCUUUCUCUCAUUUUCUCCUUCCCUUCUUUUUUACUUCUUUUGAUAACUUUGGGCAUGAACGGAAUUAUAUUUAGUGUAGCCUCUCCCGCUCCACUUCUGAUCUUGUAGAAUGUACACUUGACAUCCUAAAUAUAAAGUGUUUCAGUGUGGUUAACUUAUCGGGUCCCUAGUACCGCGGUGCUUGGCUUUACUAUAGUCUAUACAAUCAGCUCAUUCCUCGCACAAAUUAUAAAAAUAUAUGUAUAAACACCUUGGAAAAUUUUGGUGUAUUUCAUUUGGAGCAGUAGUUAUGGCAUGUGGCAUCCCUAUGUGUAAUUACAUCAUUUUUCUAUUUUAUAUAUUUAUAAUAUGCAACUAAUGUAUCAAAUUGUGGUGAAUUUAGAUAAAGAGAUGUGAUCAUGUCAUAAAGUUUUGGGCCAGUUAUGGCUAAUAAUAGUAAUAAUAAAAAAAGGAAACUUGACAAAAUGGAAGAUUUUAUUGAGAUUAUUUCCUACUUGAAACUUUUUAAUUAUUAUUUUUGUUAUGUUUGACUUGACCAGAUUGAAAUUUGAUGUUUUCUUUAUAUUCAGUUUUACUUUGACAUUUGAUAAUAUUUCUACAUGUUAUUGUUAAAUUUUUUGACUCAUAUUUGCUGUACUCAAUGUUUGGUCUGAUAGACAUAAACCGAAAUAGAGGGGCCAAUAGAAACACUGAUUUGACCUACCAGUAUCAGAACACUGAUUGAAAGUUUAGCAUCUUGUAUAGACAAAAAUGUCCCAUUCCCUACUGCUAAUAUGUUAGAUUUUUAUUGCAAGAACCAUGAGAGGGGCCAAUAGAAACAAAGUAUAUAUAUUUUCUAAAAUUGAGGGUCACUUUGCUUAGCUUACGGGUGCUGUCUUAUAAUAUACUUUGUAUCUUAUCUUGUUUGUACAUUUUCUUAGUAGAGCAAGAUGAGGUGUUUGGUCACUGUAUACUGUAUAAGAAAAGUUAUAGUGUAGCUCAGUAAGAGUUAGUUAUACCUAGGGUUGCCAUAUCGGGACUGUCACCGUUAUGGACCUUACAAGUAAUUAUAUUAAAUAAUUUUUUUACUUCUUUUCUACACCCCGAUCUCAGAGUGUGGUGACCAGAAGUUGUAGGGUUAAAAUUGUAUUUUAGUAUACUUUUUGAUUAGUUAGAAACAUUUUUUUAAUAUAUAUAUUUAUUUUGUGGUCAAAUUUCAUACCUGUCAACCUUUUGAGUUCUCAUCUCACUGGCCAUAUUUUUACUAAUUCCUACCUACUUUGGUUAAUAUUGUGCUUUUUUUUUUUUCUUCAGUUUUUUUUUUUUUAGAAGUUUUGGGUUGGUUCUGUUAAAUAAAAAAAAAAAUUUCUGUUUGAAUAUCGGUACUUACCUUUAAAUGGUAGCAGUAGUAACAAUUUGUUAAAAAAUAGAAAAAGAAUGCUCUAGAACAAGGAUCAUAAAGACACUUGCUGUUUGCCAAUUUAUGAAGUUUGCACAGACAAAAAAUUGUAUUGCAUGAAGCUGACGUGUAUGGUAAUUUGAGUGCGUCCUAUAGAUAGAUUCCAACUCUCUAGAUUAUUGGAGAAGAAAUAUGUAGCCUGUAAGUUGCUGUCCUAAUUUUGCAAAGACAACAGUCAUCCAGAAUUGUUUAGACAGUCUAGCCAACUAGUGGGUAGACAUCCACUGUUAUGAUCACAAGUUAUAAACAGUCUGGCCAAAUAGUGGGAAGACAUCCACUGUUAGUGAUCACAAGUUAUAAAUGACAUACCUAUAUGUGUGAUCUGUACACACAAUGAUGGAAAUUUUAGACCAAUCUUCACUGAAAACAUUUUAAGUUGAAUCUAUGGGUUCCCAAGUUUUUGGCAGCUCAACGCGCCCCCCCCCCCCCCCCCCCCAUCAGACAACCA